UGUGGCCAAUAUCAUCUUCUCGGGGGUCUCUCUCUCUCUCCUCUGUGCUGCUCUUUUAAGCUCACAUAGGAAAGAGAGAUGGCGAAUUCCAUUUCAUCAAUAUCUCUGCCGCGAUGUUUCGUCUUCAACAAUGGUUGUCACAAAUCAAGGCCAUGGCCGAGCUCGAGCAGUCUCAUCCUCAACAACUCAUCAAAUCAUCACACACUACUCUCUCUUUCUUCUUCGCCGGCCUCCGUCAUAGAAACUGGUGGUGACAACGACGACGGCGACCUCACUUUCAGUGGUUGCAGAGGGUGUGGGAAAGAGGAGAAAGAGAGUGGCUGUAACGGUGACGGACGGAUUCAAGGUGGCAUUGCAACUGUCCCUGGUUUCGGUUGGUGGCCCAUUAAGGCUUACCGGCCUUGUCCCGCGUUUGUCGAGUCCGGAGGUAGAUACCGCCGCUUAGGACAGAGCAUGGACGAGGUUGCGUUUGGUCGUGGUGGUGACUCUAAAUCCGACACCGCUGAUCCACCACCGAUUAGCAAUAAAAAAAAGCCAACAAGUUCUUCUACCAAGUUCAACAAGUGAGAUACAUCAUCAUCAUAUCCCAAAAAAACAAAAAACUUUUUUUUUUCUUGGAAUGUGUAAUUUGUUGGGCCUAAACAUAUUAUCGGCCCAGUAGUUAAAAAUCCCUUUUUAAAACGUUAAUGAGCAUUCUCUCUCUCGUCUAAGGAACGACUCCGAAAAAAAAAACAAAAAAAAACCCUAUCGUAUAUUUGACGGCGUCGAGAGACAUCAUCAUCAUCAAUGGAGGAAGAAGUGGCGAGAGAAGAGGUGGAGAUCGAUAAGGAUCUGCAGAGGAAAAUAGAGAAGACGGUGAAGAAGAUCUUGAAAAAGUCGAAUUUGUACAAGAUGACAGAGAUCAAGGCGCGAGAACAAGCUUCAGUUGAAUUGGAUCUCGAUCUCUCUCAAGAUCCUUACAAGGUCAUCGUGAGAGUAGUAGUUGAAAAUUUCAUAGAAGAAGCAAUAAAGGUGGUAGGCAAUAAGAUUGCGAAGCUUCCGACGAAGAAAGAGUCGAGUGUUUCAAUCUAAAGGGCUUUAUCUUUUUUUUGUUGACCCGAAAUUGGAUAAAAUUAAACUGUAUGGUGAUUGAUUUCAGUGAUUAUUGCCGCAAAUGUUUUUUUUUUUU